AUGCACUUACAGGAGGGCAACAAAAAGCAAGUGACUAGCAGCAGAAAAGAGAGGCAAUCAGAAACCAAGACUGUCGUUCCUCCUAGAGCAAAAAGACAAAAGAGAAAGGACAAAAUUCAACUCAGCAGCAACAGUGCUACCUUGCAGCAGCAGCCAAGUCCUCUAAUGAUGCUCCCGCCAGCAGUUCCACGCGUCAAGAAUGAACUAACUAAAGCCAAGAAGAAAAACAAAAUACAACGGUUGGAAGAAGACGAGGAUGAUGCCAGCAAAGAGUCACAGUGUGAUGCUGCCGACGACGACGAUGGCACAAAACAUGAUGAUGAUCUCAUUCGUACAGAGGGCGAUGACACCGCACGGGACAACGGUGGCGCCGCAGAGGACAACAACGAUGAUGUAAAACCAAACCGGAAGCGCACAAAGAGGAGAAAGACAAGUGGAAAAGAAUUGGCAGCACCAACGGAUGAUGAACAGGAGGCAACAACAAAUAAGGACUAA